AUGAUCAUAGUAAAUUUAACCGCAUUGAGUGGGUUCCUCCUCAUGGGGUUUUCUGACAUUCGGGAGCUACAGAUUUUACAUGGCUUGCUGUUCUUGGCAGUGUACUUAUUAACCUUAGCAGGUAACCUCAUCAUUAUCAUCAUCACCACAGUGGACGAGCAUCUCCAAGCCCCAAUGUAUUACUUCUUAAAACAGCUUUCCCUCCUGAAUCUCUCCUUCAUCACUGUAACAGUUCCCCAGUCCAUUGACAAUUCUCUGAUGGAUGAUGGCUAUAUUUCUCAAGGUCAGUGCAUACUCCAGGUUUUCUUCUUCAAAUCUUUGGCUUGGUCUGAGAUGGCCAUUCUAACAGUGAUGUCUUAUGACCGCUAUGCAGCCAUCUGCUUCCCAUUGCAUUACGAGGUCAUCAUGAAUCCUAGGACGUGUCAGAGGGCUGUGAUAGCCAUAUGGCUAAAUGGAAACAUCUCUGGAAUCUUGUUCACAACAACCAAAUUCUCUAUCACAUUCUGUAAACCCAAAAUAAUCCACCAGUUCUUCUGUGACAUCCCCCAGUUGCUAAAGCUGUCCUGUUCUGAUGAUUACCUCAGAGUGAUUGGUGUAACAACUUUCCUGCCUGUGCUGGGAUUUAUUGGCUUCAUCUCCAUUGUCCUCUCCUAUAUCCAGUUCUUUUCCACAGUAUUAAGAAUACCCUCUACUGAGGGCAGAUCCAAGGCCUUCUCUACUUGCCUGCCCCACCUCUUUGUUGUCGCAUUUUAUGUUUUCACAGGUAUGUUUGCAUUUCUAAAACCAACUUCAGAUUCUCCAACUGCUUUUGACCUUAUGAUUUCUAUCUUUUAUACAGUCACUCCCCCAACACUCAACCCUGUUAUCUACAGUCUGAGGAACGAGGGCAUGAAGGAAGCUUUCAGAAAGUUACUGUUGGGUGGACAAUUCACCAGGAAAAAAAAAUUUUGUGCUCUUGUUGAUACAUCUUUCUUAUUACCUGUAAGCAAAAUUCUAAAUAAUAUUGAGUUCAUUCAAUAA